AUGGUACAAGAAGUGGUUCGAUCCUCUCUUGGUGCUGAGAUUAGAGAAAGGCAAGUGUUGGAUCCUAUCUUAAUAAAAAUCAAAAAUGAUGUUGGUAAAAAACAGGCAGUGGCGUUUGAGAUCAGUGGUGAUGGUACCUUACGGUGCCAAGUAAGGUUGUGUGUUACUAAUGUUGAUGGGCUACAACAAAGGGUUUUGGCUGAGGUGCAUGAGUCUCGCUAUGCUUUUCAUCCCAACUCAACUAUCAUGUAUCAUGAUAUCAAGGAUAUCUACUGGUGGAAUGGCAUAAAAAAGAAUGUGGCAGAUUAUAUGGCCAAAUGCAUGGUGUUGAAUGGUAGGAGGUGUAGAUCUCCUAUUGAGUGGCUUGAGGUUAAAGAAGAGGACAUGUUUGUUCUUGAUUUGGUUUAUCAGGCAAUAGAGAAGUUCAAGGUGAUUCGGGAUUGGCUUAUAGCUAUCCAAAGUUUCCAAAAGUCCUAUACAGAUGUUAGGCAUAGAGAAUUAGAGUUUAAGAUCAGGGAUAGGGUAUUCCUCAAUGUGUCUCCUAGGUAG